CUCGUUCAUCUCUCUCCUCUCAACCACCCGUCUUUCUGCUUGGCACUGCACGACGGUGUGCAUAGGUUACCAUCGCUUCCCGGCCUCGUGGCACUGGUGUUGUGCGUGAGGGAUCUCAGCACAUCCAUCCACUUCCCGCCAGCAAGCCAAAACGUUCCAUCCUCUUCGUAGUUGUCACCCGCAGAUCGGUCCAGUGCACAUUCAACCCUUGCAGGCAAGCCUCGUUAUUCUUCUUUCUCCAACGCCAAACACACACCCUCGCGUGGCUGCCAUAUCGCUAUCUGUGCCCAGGCACCAAUGAGAUGGCAAGUGUGCACAACCCUGCACCCGAGGGUGAAGGUGGCUCACAGGGCGCAGAAGCAACCCGUGCAAAUGGCAGCAGCACCAGCAACAACGGCGUAGACCACAGUGUCGGCAGCACAGUACAUGGUGCUUCCACACCGUCAGUGCACAGCACCACGGCAGCACGGCAGCAAGACCAUCAGCAGCGCGUAGGCGUGUCGGAUCUGCAGGUUGUGGACGAGGAGACGCAGGAGGUGUUUGGGUUUGCAGAUGACGAUAUCCUUCAGCAUGAGACCUCGUCCACAGAGACGCGUGGCAGUGCACCUGCAGCCCCCUCUGCGGCACAAUCUCACGACACAAAUGCAACGCAACAACACCAACAACAACACCAACAACAACAACAACACCAACAACAACAACAACAAGGCCUGAAGUGUCGGAAUGCGUUUGGGCCUGUGCCGUUGCACUUGGAGUGGGGCUCGUUCCAGCUCGAGCGGCGCAUCGGUGCUGGCGCCUCUGGUCGCGUGUACUUUGGUCACCUGCUGCAGGAUGGCCAACCCAAGGACGCCGUGGCGGUAAAGGAGCUGCAUGCCACUGCUGAUGACGAGCGCACGCGCGCGAUCUUCGAACAGGAAGCGCUGUUGUUGGCUGAGUGCUCCCACAUCAACAUUGCCCGCCUCUUCGGUGUCUGCUUCUACAACUCAACCUACUACCUCGUCAUGGAAUACGCCUUCGGUGGCCCACUCAACCGCGUGCUUCGCCAGACGUCGCUGGAACCGCCCGUCAUCAUCGACUGGGCGCUGCAGAUUGCACGGGGUAUGAACUAUCUGCACAACGAGCGCAGUCUCGCCCGCGUCAUCCACCGCGAUCUCAAGUCAAGCAACAUCCUCCUGGCAAAGGUUGAUGACCAAGGACACCCCGUGUUACGCAAUAAUAUUGUGAAGAUUGCAGACUUCGGCCUGGCCAGGCACUUUGUGGAGACGACGGAGAUGACAACAGCAGGAACUUUCGCGUGGAUGGCGCCCGAAGUGAUUCGAUCGAGCACAUUUUCCCGCGGAUCAGACGUCUGGUCGUUUGGCGUUCUGCUGUGGGAGAUGCUGACGUCGCAGGUCCCAUACGAGGGCAUCAACAUGUACUCUGUUGCGUACUCGGUUGCGCUGAAAGGAUGCACGCUGCCCAUCCCGGCCACGUGUCCGCAGGACAUUUCAUCCAUCCUCACCCGCUGCUGGCAGAUCCAGCCAAAGCACAGGCCUGGCUUCCAAGAGCUGCUGCACGAGUUGGGCGGGCUGCGGUCGUCCGCGUUCUCCCGCACAAACACGGCCGAUUUCUUUGACCUGCAGGCUGCGUGGCGUGAUGAGUGCACGCGCACAUUCAGGGAACUCAGGAGAACAGAGAAGGAGAUUGAGGAGCAGCAGCGCGAGUUGCAUCAGCUACAGGAACAACAGACGUUGAAGCAAAAGGAGCUUGAGGACAAAGAGCAGGCGUUACAGCGGCGGGAGCGGGAGGUGGAGAUGCACGAACGGCUCUACAAGAGCCUGGCCAGCCUGCCGCGCACGGGGCCGACGAGUCCCCCUGGCCGCCGGCGCCCAAAACACAUCUCCAAGGACAGCAUAUCGGAGCCUACCGGAUUCAGGUACCUUCCCUCUUACAACGACGUCCCUCCAAACACCAUCUCCCUCAAGGAAGCAAGCGCCAAGUUUGGCAAUCCGCCGUCACCGCCGAGCGUGCAGUCGCCACCCGAUGAGCGGGGCGACCCUCGCCUCGUGCUUGACAGCAUCUUCAGCUCCGCGGCGCCACCAGCACCGGACCAGACGUCCACUACCAUGACGCAAUCCUUGACGGGCAGCGCACACGCCGGUUACAGCAGCGCCGCCAGCAGUCACAGCAACAGCGCGCACUCGUUAUUUGCACCCGCACCAGCUACCCCCGGAACCCGCGCGUCCACAACAACAACAACAACAGCAGCAGCAGCAGCAGCAGCACACACCUCGCCAGGCAGUGGUGGCGUGUCUGCUUCCCCCUCGCUUGCAAGCACACGCCGUGCGUCUGCGUUUCGCAAGGCGAGCAGCGACCCAAAGCCUGUGACGACUGUGAGUCGCACACGCAAGGACUCGAAGCGAAAGAUUCUAUUUCGAGGCCGUCUGUUUGGACGGCGCUCAACCAUCGAAAGUGAGCAUCCGCAGAUCAGCCGCCCCGACAUCGCCGUUCACCUCGCGUCCGGCGCCGUCGAGGCGGGCCUACAAGUGCCGGAGUGGCUGAAGUUGUCGCUGUCGCCCGAAGAAGCGGAGAAAGAACUUCGCGACAAGCCCAUCGGCUCCUUCAACGUCUCCCGCAGAAUCGGGGACAGCCGAUCGCGCCUGCUGCUCACUGUCAAGCUCGGACCAACCGACCUGUUUCAGGACAUCAUCUACAUCCUCCACGAUGGGUUCCAGCUCGGCGAGCAAGCGCGCAUCCGCCACCGCAGCCUCAAGGACCUCAUAAGGCACUACCAGACGUUCCCGUAUGUGAAGCUGGACGGCACGUACCAUCGCCUGCGUGCAUCGCCACCGCCAUCGCGCCCCGCUGAGCUGCAGCGGCACGUGAGCGGCUCGCACCUCCCCGAUCACAUGCACACGCUGCACGGUGGUGCAUCCUACGCCAACGCACCGGCGACAACAGCCCCAUAUGCGACAACAGCCGCAAUGAACAGGUCACGUGGACACGGUGGUGGUGGAGAUGCAAGUGCGGCGAGGCAGCGGGGUGCUGUGUUGCAUGAUCUUGUGGAGGAGAUUGUGUUUCCUCGACACCUCAACCGCCCUCGCAGUGCAUCCGAAUCACAGCUGCUGGUGAUGGAAGACACGUGCAGCGUUGCUGAUCUGAUGGUCACGGCUGACCUCGAGCGGUCAACGUCAAUGGAAUCACUGCUCAACGUGCUGCCCCAUGGUAGCAGCCAUCGUGACGGCGGUUAUGGCGACGAAAACCCACGCCUGACCUCGUCGCAGCCGUCAAGCCACAGUCUCGACAGCCCCGCACACACCGACAUCGGUCAGCAACAACAACGACAGCAGCAGCAGCAGCAGCAGCAGCAGACUCAGCAAUCGCCCACAGCACCGUACGCUGCACGGCAGCAAGCGUUUGUACCCCACCGUGCGGCACCACCACCUCCUUCCCACCACCACUACCAACACCACCACCACCAACACCAACACCAACACCGACAUCACCACCCACAGCAACAAGAUCACCAGCGUCCGCGCGCUGCGACGGCGACUGCGACGAUGACGGUGGUCGGCAGCGGCGCCAGCAGCGUGAGCGACGACGCUUCAUCGUGCCACAACACCAGGCAUGUUGAUCCCAGUCACCACCACGCGAGCCACCACGACCCGCACCAUCCCACGCCGCCGCCCCGAAGCCGGCACUCGCAGCAGCGGGGGCGUGCUGCCACGACGGCAGCGAUGAUGGGGGAGGGCCACGCGCCGUCACCAGCGCUGCCAAACCUCUUCUCGCAGUACAGCGGGUCGUCAUCGUCGCUUAUGGACGAGCCCCACGCGCGUGCAGAGUCGUUUUCACCGCACAACCCGUUUCGCUCCCUUAUUGACGAGGAGGCGCCCGUGCAGCCGCUCUCAAUAUCGCAACCGCCACUACCGCAGCAGCAGUCGCCACAGCAGCAGGAACUUGGCCAGCAGCACCACACACACCCUUCCUCAUCCUCCUCAUGCUGAUCACUGCC